AUUUGGAACGAGUUGUGUAAGACCUUCAAGGCCUUAAAUUCAACUUCCGGUCGUAAACCAAAACAAGACCAAACAGCGGGAUGUACAAACGUUCACUUUACAAAGUAAAUCCAGUGCAAAGCAACGGUGGACAGAAAACGAAAAGAAAAACUCUUGCACAAGGGCGAUUGAUCAGUGACGCUGGGGGAACAUCUGGCAAACAACGAGGAGUUCUAGCUCAUGGAAUAGAUGCUCACACAAAAGAGAGUGACAAAACGGUUCCAUUCCCUGAAAGCCACAGCGCUGUUCCAUCUGCAGGGUGGAUAAAAGACAAUGAGGGUAUUGAACCCUCUGCCAGCAUUACACCUAGAAAGACAGCACCACACACCACAGAACAGAAUUCUCCUGCGAGAGUUCAGAAGACAGAUUAUUUAGAUUUAUCUGACAGUGAGGAGGAAAAUGUCUUAAAGUCUCAGUUAGAAGAGUUGGGACAGCAGAAGUGUAAACCAAAUGAUGUCAUGGUUCUGGACGCUUCCUGUCAGCUGAUUGACCCGGAUCAGGUAGAAGUGGGUGUGGUUGGCUACGAGAAAUCCCCCGCUCGGGUUGUCUGUCAUUCAGCAGCAGCGGCGAAGCGGCAGCUCAGGAAUUCUGCCAGAAGAGGUGAACCAAGCAGAGUAACUGUUUCUAAUGUCCCUGUAGUUCAGGUUUCAUCACCAAUGGCCUCCAAGCCUUCAAACAACAAGUCAUCCUCUGUUCUGAAAGAAAAACUGACAGGUCUACCAAAAAGUGCAGAUGAAGUUCUAGGAGAGUUACCAGUUCUGACUCAGAUGGAGAGGUUAAUGGGAUUGCCUCAGCCAAAUUUUGACGAUUCGGGGGAUUCAGAUAACCUACAGCAGCCCCCGGGGGAGAGGUCUGAUGUCAUGUCCCUCAUCAGUGAGAGUGAUGUCUGUUCAAUCUCAGAUUUUGUUACAAAACCUACAAACAAAAACAAAAAACCAGUUGGUGCAGAAAUCAAUACAGCAAAGGAGACAGCUAAAGUACCAGGGUCAGCAAAGAAGAAAAUCAAGGUGGUGCCUUCCAGAUACAUGCAAGCAGCACAGGCUAAAGGCUCAGUAUCUGUACUAAUGGAUAAAUCUUCAAAGGCAGACAAAAGCAAGGCAAGUCGAAGUCUCGACAUCCAAACAAACCCCAGAGGGAAGAAAACUACGAAAGAGAGAAAGCGUGCAGAAUCCCAGAAAAAUCCUGGUACCCCUGACAACACACAGCCCACAAAAACAGGGAAGACAUCCACUCCUACCUCAGAUGUAUCAUUCUUCUCUACAUUACAAACAGACAUCUCAGCAAUAUCUACAGGUGGUGACACAUCCAAACUACAUGUAAAUACAGAUUCUCAUUCUAAAGACAAUGUAGUUAAGCAUAAAUCAACUAUAACACAACAAGACCUGGACUUGUUGUACGGUAGGCUUGUGCAGUGGGAAUAUCUCGACAGCAAAGCAAAGAGAAUCAAAGAAGAACAGGAAAGAAAAGCAAUGUCUCAGAUGUUAUGGCUACAAGAAGAAGUACAAAGGCUUAGAAAACAGAAACACGAAAAAGACAAAGAAUUAACCAGAUUAAAGCACCUAAAUGAAUUAGAUGAACAACUGGAUAUUCAGAGAGAUUGUCUAGAACCAGUUGUCAGCCAUCUCCCUAAGAUGACGAGGCAGUAUGAGACCUUAGCCCAGGCAUUAGACACAACUCGACAUCAGAUACCUACCAAAGGCAUCUACAUUCCACAGGAUGAGGAAAUGUUUUACAGUCAAUUGGAGCAGACUUUGCAAGAAAGUGAGUACCUACUUGGAAACUUAUCGGCAACCACUGGGCAGCCAUUUCAGAGUGCCACCGCUACUGUUGCCAAGCAUUUAGCCUCUUUAGAAAAACACACCAACCAACAGUGUCAGCAGUUAAAAAGUUGUAAUGAGAUGAUAGCUGCCACACAAAGUCUGACAAUAGAAGAAAGUUCUUUAUUAAUUCAGAAAGAGAUUUUUUGACAAAUCAUCAAAAUUAUUGUAGUUGCAUUUAUAAAUAUGAAUUGUUAUUGAAUUAUUUCCAUGAUUACUGCAAUAAAUAAAUGAA